AUGGACUCGUCAAGUAGUAGCGAACGUGUUGAAGAUACCGACGCCGCGGUGAGCGCCGCCAAGGCAGCACAGCCAGGGUGGGCAAAGCUGUCUCCAAGGAAGCGAGGGGAAUAUUUGAAGAAACUCGCUGCCCUCCUGCGAGAGAAUGGGGCUGAACUAGCAUGCCUCGAAGCCCACUGGCAGUCCAUGGGCAGGCCAAUUAGUGGCUAUGGCGAUCAUCUGAUAGCAGCGGAGCGAUUUGACUACUAUGCUGAAGCCGGCUACACGAUCCUGGGCCAGUCAAGUCUCAAUACGCCUGGGAUGUUGAAAGUCACAUUGCGACAGGCUUUUGGUGUCGUCGCUGCGAUAAUCCCUUGGAACGUUCCCCUUGUCGCCCUCUCUGGAAAGGUCGGCCCGGCGCUCGCGGCGGGCAACGCGGUUGUCUUGAAGAGUAGCGAAAAAGCGCCGCUAAAUUCAGUCAAAAUGGCCGAAUACAUCAUGCGAGCUGGCUUUCCUCCUGGGGUAGUGAAUAUUCUCUCUAGACACGGCCACAUCAGUGGAGCGGCUCUGGCCUCGUACAUGGAUGUUCGGGGCCUGUCCCUUACGGGCUCUACGCGAACGGGUCGUUUGAUCCAGGAAGCCGCCGCCAAGUCGAACAUGAAAAAUGUCAUCUUCGAAUUGGGAGGCAAGUCUCCGGCGGUUAUCUUCGAAGACGCAGACCUGGAUAAAGCCGUUCCCGCAACUGCUCACAGUAUUCAGUGGAACAGUGGUCAAGUUUGCAUGGCGAAUUCCAGGAUCUACGUUCAGAGGUCCAUUGCCCAGACUUACAUCAAGGCUUUCGAGAAGUCCUUCGGAAAUGUUCGAGUGGGUGACCCAUUGGAUCCCGCAGUCAACCACGGUCCUUUGGCAGAUGCUGCCCAAGUAGACACUGUCGCACAAUACCUGGAGAUGGGUAAGAGAAGCGGCCAGCUCCUGAUGGGGGGCGAAUUCGAGCCACAGACCAAGAUAAUUCGGCCCACCAUAUUCACCAACACUGCUGAAGGCGCCAGUAUCCUGUCCGAAGAAACUUUUGGCCCGGCUGUCCAUAUUGAAACGUUUGACACGGAGGAGGAAGCCUUGGAAAAGGCAAAUGCGAGCGAGUACGGGCUAUAUGCUGCUGUUUAUAACAGGGACAUUGGCCGGGCCUUGCGAUUUGCUGUAGGCUUUGAGUCGGGUACAGUGGGAGUCAACUGUACUUCUCCAGUGACAGGUUUCGAUAUGCCGUUCGAAGGAUACAAAGGAAGCGGAAUUGGCCGUGAAGGCACCAGAGAGAGCUUAGAUGCGUUCCUCGAGAAGAAGACAGUCUUACUCAAAAUCGACUGA